AGCCACUUUUGGCUCAAUGACAACAUUAGGUGACGGAAGUUCGUACAGUAUGAACGUAUAAUUACUCGUAUUAAACACGAAGAUGCGUUUGUUUUUAAUUCUUGGUACUCUACUUUUAUUAUACUGCAAUGAAUGCGAAUCGACAAAAACUGCUAUUUUCAUCUACGAUAAAGUAAAUGCAACCGAAUACGACGUCAACCUAUUUACCGGAAAAAUAAAACGAUUUUCCAGUACGUUAUUCGAGCCAGAUGGAGAUUUCGAUUUUCAUAUCAAGAUAGUGGUUCCUUAUAAAUCUUACAUCCAAGAAGUAUUAAAAUUCAAUUCCACUGUUGCAAAAGUGAUAACUCGCAAAAACGAUACCAGAAUUAAGGGCCAAUCCACAUUGAAAAGUGUACUUACACAGUUACAAGACUCUCCUUCGUAUUCGGUCAUCUACGUCAUCACUAAUGUCACCAAACCAAGUAACGACAUCCAACUCGACAGUAUCUUCGAAGAAAUACAGAUUAAAAGAACCCAGGUCAACUUUCUUAUCGAAACGGAAUCCUGCUUGGGAAACGAUUCGCUCCAAGAGUACGGAUUAAUUAGUUCUGCGAGUGAUGGAUUCGCACAAAUGGGCCCAAACUUAUUCAAAUAUCGCAAGAAUGUGCCUCGACGUUAAAAACGAUUGCUUUUAUAAAUGACGACGUGGAUAUGACCGCGAACGACAACGACUGGUUAUCAGGAAACAUCGACAAAGUUAGCAAUAGGCUAAUCGACGAUGGGAUGGAAUUUACAAUGAUUAAGAAAUUCUACUCGUCCUACUAUCCAGACGAGGACGAGGACGAAUCACUGAAUUCUACAGAUUUGACAGUUCUGCCAUUUGAAAUUCUGCUCAACACAUUACAAGAAUCUCCUUCAUAUUCGGUGAUUUUCGUCGUAACAAAUGCUAAUGCUACCAAACCCAGCAAUGAGACUAAGACUUCAACCGACUUAAUUUUGGAAGAGAUACAAAAUAAACGAACACAAGUGAACUUUCUCAUCGGAACGGAGGCUCCAUUUUUAGAUAACGAUUCGCUUCAAGAGUUCAGAUUAAUAGCUUCUAUCAGCAACGGAUUUGUAUUAGGCCCAGAAAUAUUUCAGUUCGACAAGUUUACAGAUGCGAUAUAUCUGAGAUUAACUCACCAACCUCAAGAAAUCCUUCUAUUUUCACUUCAAGAUAGCAAAAGUGAUGUAUCAUUUUGCUCACACGCAGAACCAUUUUUUACCAAUGCUUUGAAAGACUUUAAAUUCAGCAAUUGCAGUUCAAAGGAGCGCGAAAGAAAAUUAGGAAAUCCUCGGCGAAGUACAUUAACGAAUUUGAUUGAAAAAAGCGACGAUGGAUUGACGAUACAUCAGUAUAAACAGGCUCUUUCCAAGACGUGCUCUUUUAAAAAACCAAUAUAUUCGGUAUGGUUUGAUUAUAAAGGAUUUACUGGAAAUGAUUACGACUUUGAUUACGGGUUCACCAUUGAAGACGUUGAUUCCUUGGACAAUACAUAUCGAAGACCAAUGAGUGGAAUGACAAACAAAAUCUACGUUUCAUUGACGGACGAAAAUUUCGAACACGGAGUGGAUCAUUUCAAGAUACUCUUUCUGAAUCAAACUCAAUUUGGAGAAAACAUUGCAGUGGAACAGAUACCGGAGACCGAUUUGUUUGUAGGAUCAUUUGAUCCACCAAAGAAGGAAUAUUUUUACGUUGAAGUAACGAGUUACGUAAACGAAGAAACAACUGUUUCUCGAAUUUCAUCGACUGCUGUGAAUGCUGCGGAAGGGUUCGGAGAUGAUCAUGGCAAUCAAAUAUUUGAACAUCGACCAAUAUUUAAACGGCAACCAGUAUCGAUAGAAUCAUACGACAUCUACGAUUACAUCGACACAGUUUACUUUUCCAUAUGCGUGCUGUUAGGCGUAUUGUUGUUAAUCGUAGUGUUUGAUUUAGCACUAAAUCUUUUCACACCAGAUCCCUCCACUACCUCCAGGUGUACUUGUUUUUUACAACUGACAUGUUGUACGCGCCCCGAGCAGGGUAAAAACCCACAACAACGAUCAAAAAACGAUAAGGAUUGUUAUCGAGCGGUACCAACGGUAGAUCGUGUCUAGUGGAUGUUCAGAGAGCUUAAGAUAAAGGACCAUAUUUGUAUUAAGUAUAUUGAUAAGUUAAAUUUUUAAAAUUUCAACUACGAUGUACCAUACAUAACCUAAUUUUUGGGUAUUCGAAAUUUACCAUUUUUCAGCAUCCACCAUUACAUUUUUUUUAAAAGUUCUACAAUUAUUAAUUUUUUCAAAUUUUAAAUUGUUGCAAGAUUGCUUUGAAAAAUGAGGUAAACUUUCGGUUACCUAUACAUGAGAAUUUUAAAUUUUAAAAUUCUUUCUAACAAUUUCGACGAAAACAUUGGAGAAAAAUGACUUUUUUAAAAAACAAACUAAUCCAAUAAAUUUUUUUUGACUCGUUUUCACAUUGAUCUCCGCCAUUCAAUUUUUUUCAAGUUUCACCCAUCUUUUCGAAAUUGAAUUGUCGUAAGAUUGCAGUGGAAAGUAAGUUGAAAUUUCAAGAAUUUUUGUUAGUAUAAAAAUUUAAAAUUUUGGAAAUUUUUUUUCACAAAUUUCGAUGAAAAUAUUGCAUAAAAAUAUGAAAUUGUUGUAAGAAUGCUCUCUACUAACAUUUUUUUGACUCAUUUUCACUUUCAUCUUUUUCUUAGAAUACCUAGAUAAUAUUUUUUGUAGAAAUGUGUUCAACCUAUUGUAAAUGAUUACUUAUAACCAAUAAGUAAGUUCCUGCCUAUAAUUGAUUUUACUGAAUAAAUGUAUUUUUUUUGUA